AUGUAUUUUUACUAUGUUCAUCUCAAUCCUGACUCUAAUUAUAGGUGCUAUUCUCAAGUGGGCACAGUUGGUGGUGCACAGGAUUUAUCUCUUGGUUACGGGUGCCACUAUAUAGGUACAGUCGUUCACGAGUUGGGGCAUGCGCUUGGAUUCUUCCACGAGCAGAGCAGAUCAGACAGAGAUAAAUAUUUGAUCCUCUACCUAGAAAAUGUACAAAAUGGUUUGGAACAUGCCUUUUUCAAGCUUACUCCAUACCAAAAUAUCUUGUACAACCCGUUUGACUACGAUUCCAUUAUGAUUUACGGCAAUACAGCCUUCUCCAAGAAUGGAAAAGACACCAUGGUGGCCAGAAACGGGCAGGUUUUGUUAGACCCUUUCAAGAAGAAAGGAAUGACCAAAAGUGAUAUUGAACGGGUCAAUGCUAUGUACAAUUGCUGAAAAUAAAUUGUAAGAAAAUUUAAACUUAUUAAAUCUGAAAAAAUAAUACA